UUAUAAUAAUAUGAGUUAGAUUUCAUAACUCACUUACUGUAAGGGUUCAUGUUAGCAAAAUUUAGAAAACCUGUUGGGAUAUUCCAGAGAGAAGUGUAGGAAAAAAAUAAAGGGCAUGCAUACCUUGAUAAUCUUAAGGAGAAAAAGAGUGUAGGGAUCAAACGCCUAUUCCGUUCGCCCCACAUGUACGUUUAUCCCCUGGAAGAGCAUUGGUCCACAACCAUCUAUGUGUCUACUCCGUGCAUGUGCCAGCCAGUAACCUGUCUCGUUCAUACGCGGUUGUCACGUAAGUGAUGAUUUAAUCGUGCCCCUAUGAGAAUCUUACCCCGACAUGAACACAGCAAGUGCUCGAUAGUCAUCAUCAAGUUAGCUUCUGCAGUAAUAAGAUUUUGAAUUCCCAUGUGCGUCGCAAUAAAGUCUACACGCAAUGCUUGGUAAUAACUUAUUUCAUAGUACAAUAUAUAUAAAUAUAUUCGGUACACCAUUGAAAGAUCCAUAAAAUAUGUUAUAUAUAUAGAGAUACUACUUACAGUUAGUGACAUCCUCGACCUGUGUGAUGUUCACGGUUAGCUCUCAGCUGUGCUUCUGGGCGAUUCCACAGUUUUCGGGUAGCGUCGACUGCAGUCACUGACAAUCAGUGGUAUCGUAUGGAGUCUCAGUGAGAGGCAUGUUGGCUCCGUCUCUUGCCUAAAUGCUGAGUGCGUAUCAUACUCGAUGUGAAAAGGUGAGUUAUUGGCACCUUUGAUUUACCAAUGGCCAUCCCGCAUCCCUUGCUCACAUAUAGGAGUUUAAAGAGGAUCACUACCUCUAUACGCGAAUAUUUGGCUACUACAACUUCAACUGUUUAUUCAUUAUAAAGCCAUGGGGUGGAGGCCGGCAAACAAACACUCAACAAACCCAUACAAAAUGCAAAUUUUACGAAUGAAUAGGGGCAAACUUCUCACAUAUCAAUGAUAAGGGGCCUCCUUUUUAUAGCCGAGUCCGAACGGCGUGCCGCAAUGUGACACCUCUUUGGAGAGAAGUUUUACAUGGCAUAGUACCUCACAAAUGUUGCCAGCAUUUGGAGGGCAAACCCAUACAGGCUACACAAUUCUGCACGCAUUAAGGAUUUUUGCGGAAGAAGUCAACGUGACAGACUUGCAAAUCGAGGCAACAAAGUGAAGCAAUGGCGUAACCCUUUUUGAUUUCGGAAUUUAGACAGAUGGUUAGUUUACGUUAGGUAAAAUAAACUACUGGACUCAUGUAUUGUUGAAAUCAAGUUGGAUUGAGACUUCCACGAGGAAGUGGACGUAGCAGUCUGGCCAUUCAGGAAGCAUAUACAACGACAACCUGGUACUAAGCAGAAUAUACGAAUUUUUGCGGGCAGCCAGACGCAUCUGCUAGCACCAGGAGUCGAUAUCGCCACAACUUCUUGUGUACUGCAAGGAAAAAUUUGCUUAGAUAUGAGAGCAGAAUAGAAGGUGAAAUGGCUUUUCUAAAGCCUGUCUCUUCAAUAUAUUCCUUAGUGGCUCUUAAACUAAGUCACGAGGAAUGUGGCCCUACUCCUGGCAAAAGCUAGACCAAGCAAUGAAAGAGAGUGUAUGCCACUGUUUCAUCCUUCUGUGAAAGAGUUAUACAUAUACUGUCAUUUGACGCUGCAAUCCAGGUGAGCUUGAAGUCUAAAGGGGUUGGGUUUCGAUACGUUUCGAAAGAUCCCUUGUUUUCCCCCAACAGGGUCUACCCAACGAAUUUUCGUGGUUUAUUGUAAAUCAUCAUUUUUUAUCUUCGAAGCAUGGAAUGACUCAUAUUUCUAUGUAUGUGCGCAUAUCUAUGCUGGAGAGUUGAAACCAAAUGUCUCAGAACAUGUAAAGGAUUUGUUGCGUAUUCAACAUAUGCCAGCCAGCCAGCAUCAACAAAAGUGAAAAAAACAAAGCGGCUCUUCUUAAUCAACGGAUUAAGUAUAAAAAUUGCAACGAAAACAAUAAACAUGACCGGAAAACGGGGUGGUGUAAUAUUAGGACAUGUCCUGGCCAAUUUGUGUGGUAAAAUAAAUCGGAAAAAACCAUUACCUAAUGAUGGAGUGCAGCCACCGGAAACUCUAAAUCGUUGCUUAACUACAUUGGACAUUACUUUGUUGGGUAUUGGUCAUAUGGUGGGAGCUGGCAUCUAUGUUCUAACCGGCACAGUGGCCAAGGAAAUUGCUGGACCCGGUAUUAUUUUGUCAUUUAUGCUGGCGGGCUUAGUUUCAAUGCUUGCGGCCAUUUGCUAUGCGGAAUUUGGCACACGUAUUCCUAAGGCGGGGGCAGCUUAUGCCUACACCUAUAUAGCAGUGGGAGAAUUCUGGGCCUUUAUUAUUGGCUGGAACAUCUGCUUGGAACAUAUGUUGGGUGCCGCCUCAGUGGCAAGAGCAUGGAGUGGUUAUGUUGAUAGCCUUCUCGAUGGAUGGAUAAAAAACACCACCAUAGCUUUGAUGGGAAAAGGCGAAUUUUACGAUUCCGAUCUUCUGGCCCAGUAUCCGGAUAUUCUUGCUUGUGUUAUAUGCCUUGUGUAUGCUGUGACCAUGGCAUUAGGCGUUAAGGUAACUGCCACAUUUAAUGGUCUGCUAACCUUAGUUAAUAUUGGAGUUAUGUCUUUGGUCAUUUGUGUGGGCUUUUGGUACGCCGACACUAAAAAUUGGUUUCAAUCUGAUGGUGGUUUUCUACCCUUUGGAUUUGGUGGAGUAAUAGCUGGAGCUGCUACAUGUUUUUAUGCUUUUGUGGGAUUUGAUUCCAUAGCCACUUCGGCAGAGGAGGCCAAGAACCCUGCCUCGUCGGUGCCAAUUGCCACUUUGGUAUCACUGAGUGCUGUUGCGGCAGGGUAUAUACUUGUUAGCGCAGCGCUUACGCUUAUGAUACCAACGGAUGAAAUCAACCCUUCUGCCUCAUUACCGGAGGCUUUUGGUCAAUUGGGAUUACCUUGGGCCAAAUUUAUUAUAACCAUAGGAGCUUUGUGCGGCAUGACCACCACCUUGCUGGGUUCACUAUUUGCCUUGCCUCGAUGUAUGUAUGCCAUGGCUUGCGAUGGACUGCUUUUCAGCUGUUUUGGAAAGAUCAAUUCCUUUACCCAGGUGCCCGUUUUAAACUUGAUCUCUGGAGGGAUAUUCAGUGCCUUGUUGGCUUUAAUAUUCGACUUGAAACACCUGGUGGAGUUUAUGUCCAUAGGAACCCUCCUUGCUUAUACGAUUGUUGCGGCCAGUGUGAUUAUACUACGUUAUCGUCCCAUGAAGCCUGAGAGCCUAAUAUAUGCUCCCGACUCUUCCGAAAGCGAAAACAUGGAUUUUGAGGCUGAUAGUUUGUCUGAAUCGAGCACCGACACCAUAUCUCAAACAUGUGAUCUGAUAGGAGGCGCAGCGGCGGGCCGUUUAAAACCGAAAUAUAAAUGGCUGCAACCAUUAGUGGGCAAUGUAGACGGAGAUCGUGUGGUCACAGCAGCCGUUGUACUCUUUUGUCUUUUCAGUUUCGGUAUUUGUAUACAGAUCAAAGUUUCCUGGACGGAAUCACAAAUGCAAAGUUCUUACUGGACUUUUAUGUUUAAUGGUUUCAUACUCUUCCUGGCUUUUGCCUGCAUAGCAUUGAUAUCGGCCUACAACCAAAAUACACAGGGUCUAACAUUUAAGGUGCCUCUGGUGCCUAUAUUACCCGCCAUUAGCAUCUUCUCCAACAUAGCCCUUAUGGUGCAUUUGAGUUUUGUCACUUGGCUACGAUUCUUCAUAUGGGUGUCGCUUGGAAUGCUUAUGUACUUUGGCUAUGGCAUUCAUCAUAGCAAACAGGAUCCGGAGAAUACAAUUUAUUCCAUUUUAAGAACUCCACCAAAUGUAAAACAAAAUGUCGUUAGUGCUGCUGAGCAACCUACGACUAAUACGAAUUCAAUAUGGCAGCGAUUUAUUGGAAGGAAGAAAUUGGAAAUGGAAGAACAAGUACAACCUUAAUUUAAUCACGACAAUACAAUGGGUUUCUUAUAAGGACAUUACAUCUACAGAUCGAUAAUCACAUAGGAAAAAAGUGUGUGUGUACAUAUCCAUAUGUACUACACUACUAUACAUAUAAAUAUUAUCCAAUGUAUACAACAAUAAUCAAUUAAUUGUCAGUGUAUAAAUAUCUAUUUACAAACUUGA